AUGGCGAAACGAACGUGGUCCGACUCUAACCCUGCCGGAACAGCCAGCGCUGAUGCGACUGCACCUGGAACACCCGCGCGACCAAACGGCCAUGGUAGAACUUCAUCAGGGCGGCAGAGUAUCACGGGCAUGGUCUCCAGUGAAGCCUCCGUUCCUCAGAUCUCACGAAAGAUCAAGGCUUGCGCGGCAUGUCGCAAACAUAAGAUUAAAUGUUUGAUGGAUGAGAGCGGUCCUCCAUGUAGGAGAUGUUCAGAGCGGAAUCUGGGAUGUGUGCUGAGCAAGAGUCUCCAAACGAUUAUGGAUGAAAAGUCACAGUUCUCUGAAUCCGUGGUUCAAGAUCUGGAGCAGAUGCAUAGUGCUUUGCGACAAGUCAUGAACAAACUCAGCCUUCCAGAACUACCUCCCUUACAAAGCAUCAACUCUCGAGAAACGGAGGGGACACCGCCAAAGGACGAUAACCAUCUGAAUACGAGUAACCACCUGAACGUAUCUCAAGAUGAAUUCCGUGGUCCCUCAUGCGACAACUCUCCGAAAGCGACACCCGAAGACGAAGGCCUUCCUUACGUCCCGAUUCACUCACUAUACACCCUUACUAAACUCAGUGCUCUUCGAUCACCCGACAAUCCUGAAGCGCAACGAGGAAACGCCAUAAAUGACUUCAUCGCCCGUGGAGCUUUGUCAUUAGCAGAUGCAGAGAGUCUCUUCGCCCUGUAUCGCGACCGUUUGGAUCGCUACAUGUACGGGAUCGGCUGUCGGUACAUGACGCUAGAGGAGCUGCGACGCAAGAGUCCAAUCUUAUCCGCUGCCACACUCACAGUAGCCGCGCUACAUGAUCCCAAAGCAGAUAACAUAUAUGGUAUCUGCAGUGGUGAAUUCCGACGUCUAAUGGAGAAAUCCAUGUUCGAACGCCGUAUCGAUCGUGAUUAUCUGCGCGCCAUGUGCAUCGCUUCAUAUUGGCUUAGUGAUCUUUCAUGGAUGCUCUCCGGGUAUGCUAUUCGACGCGCUGCAGAGUGUAAUCUGCAUAACAGCUACAACCAAGCUAUAAAGGAGCAGAGUCAAGAAGCGGCGGAUUGUGCUCGGUUGUGGUAUAUACUGUAUAUCUGCGAUCAGCAUCUUGCGACUUUGUAUGGUCGACCUUCGAUUGUCCAGGAGGAUUCGUCGAUUCAGGGGUGGGAACAAUUCUUGAAGUCGCCUGUGGCUAAUGAGGAGGAUAAGAGACUCACGGGCCAAGUGGUCUUGGUUAGUAUUUUGCGAAAUAUCCGCGAACUGUUUGGUACGGAUAAGGGGGAGCCUGUUCCAAGAGUAUACCUGAAUCACAUCCUACAGUUCAGACGACAACUCGAUCAGUGGUAUACCCGCUGGAUGAAAGAUUUACCAGAGCAAUGGACACAAAUCGGAUCAUUCCCAAGAAAAGGCACAAUCCUCCACUACAACUUCGCCCAAAUCCACCUCUACUCACACAUUUUCCGCGGCCUCUCAGGGGACGCGCCGAUCCCACACUACUUCCUCGACUGCGCAAUGCAAGCCGUAACCGCCGCAACAGCAAUCAUCGACCUAAUAAUCACCGAUCCAGACGUCGCCCUCGGCAUCGUCGGCAUGCCCUCCUACAUGCUUUCCAUGACAGCCUUCGCCUGCAUGUUCCUGAUAAAGGUAGCCGCCAAAUACGGCAGCGAUCUCAUCGAGCGCCAGCGCGUGCACGACCUAACAACAAGUCUCGUCCGCCAAUUCCGUUCGCUAAAAGCAGGGAAGUGGCAUCUUGCGAAUUUGAUGGCGGGUGGAUUGGAGCGUAUGACUGCUACGCUGGCGACUCCUGAUCCUGCGCAACAGACUGCUGUGUAUAAUGCGAUGGAGAAUAAUGUGGAUAUGGGUCAGAUGAUGCCAGGGAACCAGGUCUAUACUGAUAUGGAUGGGGAUACGUUUUUCGACUAUGAUAUGAGUUUUGGACUUUCGCCGGUGUUUAGGUUUGAUCCUAGUAUGUUCACUGUUGAUGCUUCGGGGCAGUCUAUUCCGACGUAUCCUGAGGCGGAUUAUGGGAUGAGGCCGCAGUGA